CCAGAGAAGAUCGGUCGCUCGGUCGCUAUGAUGGCUCCUCCCUGGUACGUCAUGCGCUUGCGCGCUUAUUCCGGCCUCUAACCUAGGUUGCCGAAAGGCUGGAAGAAACAGAACGAGAAAGACGGAGAAAAGGGUGACCGCGCAUGCGCCUCUUUCUGUUUCCUAUUUUCCCGACCUUGCAAGUAAGACGACGGCGGGUUGGAGUGCAGAGCGGGGUCUGAAUGAUGCCGGGAGCGAGGUGAAGUUAGCACAGCCGUCGUGCGAGCGGCAGGAUACCUCUCCCCAUUCCUCAGGAGUAAUGGACAGGUAACAGGAUACUAUUCUGCUGUGGUGCCAGAGAGUAAGAAUGACAGAGUGCUUCCUGCCCCCCACAAGCAGCCCCAGCGAACACCGCAGGGUAGAGCAUGGUGGAAGCCUGGCCAGGACCCCAAGCUCUGAAGAAAUCAGCCCAACCAAAUUCCCUGGCUUAUAUCGCACGAGUGAGCCUUCGCCCCCCCAUGACAGCCUCCACGAGCCUCCUGAUAUUGUGUCUGAUGAUGAGAAAGAACAUGGGAAGAAGAAAGGGAAAUUUAAGAAAAAGGAGAAGAGAACGGAAGGUUAUGCAGCUUUUCAGGAAGAUAGCUCAGGGGAUGAAGCUGAAAGUCCUUCUAAGCUAAAACGCUCUAAAGGGAUUCAUGUUUUUAAGAAGCCAAGUUUCUCCAAAAAGAAGGAAAAAGACUUUAAGAUAAAAGAAAAACCCAAAGAUGAAAAGCAUAAAGAUGACAAGCACAAGGAAGAGAAGCAUAAAGAGAAGAAAUCAAAAGACUUGACAGCAGCAGAUGUUGUUAAACAAUGGAAAGAGAAGAAGAAAAAGAAAAAAACAGUUCAGGAGGUAGAAAUGCCACCAGUGGAUAUUCCCAGGUACCGGCCUGUGUUUGGAGUCCCUUUGAAUGAUGCAGCAGAAAGGACCAUGUUGUAUGAUGGCAUCCGUCUACCAGCAGUGUUCCGGGAAUGUAUAGAUUAUGUAGAAAAAUACGGCAUGAAAUGCGAAGGCAUCUACAGAGUGUCAGGAAUUAAAUCAAAGGUGGAUGAGUUAAAAGCAGCAUAUGACCGAGAAGAGUCUCCUAACCUAGAGGACUAUGAGCCCAACACAGUAGCUAGCUUGUUGAAACAAUACCUGCGUGAACUUCCUGAAAACCUGCUUACCAAAGAGCUGAUGCCUUGCUUUGAAGAUGCUUGUGGGAAGAGCUUGGAGUCCGAGAAAAGGCAGGAAUGCCAGCGCCUCCUGAAAGAGCUACCAGAAUGUAACUUUCUCUUGAUUUCUUGGCUGAUUGUGCAUAUGGACCAUGUCAUUGCAAAGGAGCUAGAAACAAAAAUGAAUAUCCAAAACAUUUCUAUUGUGCUCAGUCCAACUGUCCAGAUCAGCAACCGUGUCCUUUAUGUGUUUUUCACUCACGUACAAGAAUUCUUUGGAAAUGUGGUCCUCAAGCCAGUAACAAAGCCUCUUCGUUGGUCUAACAUGGCAACCAUGCCAGCAUUGCCAGAAACACAGGACAGCAUUAAAGAAGAGAUCCGAAGACAGGAGUUUCUCUUGAAUUGUUUGCACCGAGAUCUUCAGGUAGGGAUUAAAGAUUUAUCCAAAGAAGAAAGGUUAUGGGAAGUGCAGAGGAUUUUGACAGCUCUGAAAAGGAAGCUAAGAGAAGCUAAAAGACAAGAAUGUGAAACAAAGAUUGCCCGAGAAAUUGCUAGUCUUUCAAAGGAGGAUGUUUCCAAAGAAGAAAUGAAUGAAAAUGAAGAAGUUAUAAAUAUUUUGCUGGCUCAGGAGAAUGAGAUUUUGACAGAACAGGAAGAACUGCUAACAAUGGAACAGUUUUUACGUCGACAAAUUGCAUCUGAAAAAGAGGAAAUUGAUCGUCUCCGAGCAGAAAUAGCAGAAAUUCAAAGUCGUCAGCAUGGUCGCAGUGAAACCGAAGAAUAUUCUUCUGAAAGUGAGAGUGAGAGUGAAGAUGAAGAAGAGUUACAGAUUAUCUUAGAAGAUUUGCAACGGCAGAAUGAAGAACUAGAGGUUAAGAAUAACCAUCUGAACCAAGCGAUUCACGAGGAGCGCGAGGCCAUCAUUGAACUGCGAGUACAGCUUCGCCUCUUGCAGAUGCAGCGAGCCAAAACGGAGCAGCAGGUGCAGGAAGAGGAAGAGCUUGAGAAACGAGGGGGCCCCUUGCAGCAGCAGCCGCCCCUGCCAAGAGACAGUGUCCCAGAGACAAAAGCUAUGAAAGAGCAGCCAAAGGCAAUCCAAGAGUCAGUAAAGCCAUCUCCAAGCAAGGACAGAAAAGAAACUCCAAUUUAAUUGGAUUUGGAUUCUUGCCUGUGCAAAGCCAGGACUGUGCAACUUACUGUAAAUCUAUGGCCUGUACAUUCUGUAAAUAUUUUUUUCUUUUACAUUCUGGGGAUAUUUUGUCCCCGUCCUAUAUGUGGCUUCUGCCUAUCAGGCUCAGGUUACUUGGAAAGAUAAAGCAGAGAGACAUAUCGCAGGAAGGGGGCAGCUCUCUAGUUACUCAGCCUUGUCAGACAUUAGCUUUGGCUGAUCUUUGAGAAUUGAGGGGAUGAUGGUACAUUUUAGAAUGAUUACAUACUCACUCUGAAGCAGACUUUCAAAUUCUCUCAUGCAUUAUCUGUCCAAGGGCUACUUCAUACGAGAUAUUUCAUUGCACGGAUGUAGGAAAAAGUACAUACUCUGCUGGGCAUAUACCAAUAUGUCUGGUAAUUCUUGACCACCAGAAAUUUCAGGUAGAGAAGGUUGCAAUAGAGGGACAUAUUCUCUCCCCCCCCCCCCCCAAAAAAAAAAAUUCUCUCCCAUUUGGUUAUCUUUCUGGCCACAUGUGCAGAUGACCAUGUUUCUCUGACCAGCACUGAAACCAACAGGUUAGCAGAAGAGGGAGAACACUGCACGACCCCUCUCUGUGCCAUUUAGGGGUAGUCUGGUUUAAAAGAAAGUUUGGUAAGCAUUUCCACUCUGGUCUUGAAAAGGAACUUGCUCUUAGCAUAGAAAUGGCUUUUAUGAAGUUAUUUACGGCUGAUACAUCUCAUCAGUGCAGUUGUCGGUUAAGUGUUUGUAGAGAAGCCACACUUAGCACAGAAAAAUAGAUGUUUGCAAGUAUGUUCCACAAUGGUCGGUACUUUUCUGUGUGGGGGUACAGUAACUGUAUAAAAAGUGGCCGUUGGUUAAGAAUGGGGAGAUCUAAUCCAUGUCCCAUUCAUUUAUUUGCUUUGUAAUUUUUUUGCUCUCAUUCCUCAUAAUUGUUUUUAUUCACUCUUACUUGUGCCUUUCAGUAACAAAGGAGCUUUACAAAAUAGAUGUGCCCAAAACAGUGGAAGAUCAUCAAAACUUUAGUAUUAUGUAACAUGUUUUCAUCUGACUUUUUAAAAGCUUUAAGAAAGUACAUGUAAAAUUAAGCUGAAAAGAUUGAUAAGCACAUAUCCACAAAUCCACUAUGAAUUCUUGAACCCCAUCAAUGCAGUAAUAUGUAAAAUUGAUUCCUAGAAUUGCCAAUUAAUUAGGAAUAAGAAGGGAAGCAUUUUGUAGGUUUUAUAGCAAACUUCAUAAUGCUGACCUUUUUUUCUUUCUUUUGAUAAAGAAA